AUGAGGAAGGAAACCCAGCAUAAGAAAGCAGAACAACACUUGCUUCACAUGCUCUUCAUGGACUGUACUGAUGGCUGCCUCAAUCAGAAGACACUGAGCGCAGUGUCCUUCCAAACACAGCUGACCCUGGAAACCAUGAACACCACAGUGAUAAAGGGCUUCAAUGGGUCUGAGCGGUGCCCCAGGGACACACGGAUAGCACAGCUGGUGUUCCCAGUCAUCUACACCAUCGUUUUCUUCACAGGCAUCCUGCUGAACACCUUGGCCCUGUGGGUGUUCAUUCACAUCCCCAGCUCCUCCACCUUCAUUGUCUACCUCAAAAAUACUUUGGUGGCCGACUUGAUAAUGACGUUCACGCUUCCAUUUAAAAUCCUCUCUGAUUCACACCUCGGACCCUGGCAACUCAGGGCCUUUGUGUGUCGUUUCUCUGCGGUCAUCUUUUACGAGGCCAUGUAUGUGGGCAUCACACUGCUAGGCUUCAUAGCCUUUGAUAGAUUCCUGAAGAUCAUCAGGCCCUUUGGAAAAUAUUUUGUACAAAAACCUGCUUUUGCGAAAAUGAUCUCGACCUUCGUCUGGCUCUUUUUGUUCCUCAUCUCUCUGCCGAAUAUAAUCUUGAGCAAUAAGGAAGCAACACCAUCAUCUGUGAAAAAGUGUGCCUCCUUAAAGGAUCCGCUGGGGUUGAAAUGGCAUCAAGUGGUGAACUACAUAUCCCAGUUCAUUUUCUGGACUGUUUUUGUCCUAAUGCUUCUGUUUUAUGUGGUGAUUGCAAAAAAAGUAUACAACUCUUACAGAAAGGCCAGAAGUAAGGACAGCAAACACACCACAAAGCUGGAAGGUAAAGUGUUUGUUGUUGUGGCUGUAUUCUUUGUGUGUUUUGCUCCAUUUCAUUUUGCCAGAGUUCCCUACACUCACAGUCAAACUAACAAUAAGACUGACUGCAGGCUGCAAAAUCAAUUGUUUAUAGCUAAAGAAACAACCCUCUUUUUGGCAGCAACUAACAUUUGCAUGGAUCCCAUAAUAUACAUAUUCUUAUGUAAAAAAUUCACAGAAAGGCUACCAUGUAUGAGAGGGAGGAAGAUCACGUCAUCAACCCAAGAAAAUCGAACUAUCCAGACAGACAAUAUAACCCUAGGCUGAUAACUUUAUUCUGGUUACCUAAUAUUUAAUAGGUAAAAUUUCAAAAGUCAAUUUGGAAAUAAAGUUUAAGCAAGGAAAAAAGGAUGGAGCAAAUGCUUUUUAUUAUCCUGGUGUACAGAAAGGAUUCUAUAAAUUUUAAUUGCACAUAGAUCAAUUCAUAAGCAGAGUGAAGUAUCUGUCAGAGAAAUGCAACAGAAAGCAAGUGGCCACUAGAGGUCACCUUUUUGCAAACACUCACUGAAAUUUUGGAGAAAAUAUGGAUAAACUUGUAUUACUAAAUACCUCCUUCCAGAACACCUUCUCACUUCUCACAUUCUCUGACACACAUAAUUCAAACAACACUACUGCUUCUGUAUCCCACAAGUAUUGAUACUUCCUGGUUUAAAAACAAACCAAAAAACCUGAAAGUCCUUUGAUGAAAGCUGAAGCCAUUGGGUACGAAACAUCAGGGGAAUUGAAGUAGGUCAGAAAACCCUGAGAAAGCCUGGAUGAAGGAGUUCCUCCUUAUUGUCAAGAGCCUCUUCCAGUAUUAAGAGUACUGACAUUGUUUCAGUAUUCCAUAUGUAGCAUUAGACCAUUAAGCCACAUAAAAUAUUGUAUUAUUGUACGAUGUACUAUUUUAUUGUACAUUUGUACUUUGUUGUUGUACAAUUGUAUUGUAUAUUGUACUAUUGUACGAUGCGUUCAUCUUACGUGUGUAUAAUUUAAGGGCAAGAAUACUGUACUGAUUGAUAUUCUUUGGAAUUCUCCCUCCGCCCAGCCAACACUCUAAUGGUGGCUGAAUAUGCCACCAACACAGCAAAACCUUUCUGGGCCACAACCUCUAUUCUCCUGCUUCACGCCUCUGGUUCAAAGCAACUACUUCCCCCACUGUUUGGUUAUGCAUUAGGGCUUUCAUUGCAGAUUUCCCUUUGCUAGUUACCUAUAUUCAUGACUGAAUCCCCCAAAGAGGGUCAGGAUUCUUGAAGAAAGACAUGUUUUGAAGACAGAAAACAUGUCAGGUUUUCUUGGUAUCUCCCAAAUUACUCCCUGCAGACUGUGAAUUACAAAUGUUUUCAAUAGAGGGGCGCCUGGCAGCUCAGGUGGUUAAGAGUCCAGCUUUGGCUCGGGGCGCCUGGGUGGCGCAGUCGG